UCCUAGGCGGCCACGUGACCUCUUGCGUCACAAUGGGGCCAACGGGCCAAGCCGGCCAAGCAGCUGCGCACAGGCGCAGAAGAAGCCCGACACUCCACCAAGCAACAACUGAGCCUAGGGGGAGAGGACACAAGAUGGAGAUCCUGGAUGAAUUUGACAACGAAUAUCCGCUCAUCAUUUCCUUCUGUGAGCGGAUCACCCCCCAGGACUUUGAAGGGCAAGCCUUGAACUACACCCAGAAAGCCCUGCAGGACCUUUACGCCCAAAUGGAGCAGAACCCGGGCAUCUGCGAGCGCGUGGUGCGCAAGCGCAAGCAGGAGGAGGCCGAGAACGCCAGCCUGCUGGACUACCUCAAGGCCAAGUUCUUUGCCCUGCUUCAGGGAGAUUCCAACUAUGUCAACGCCUUGGAAGAGAUGGAGAUGGAAGAGCGAGUGGAGCAACUGAAACGGGAGAUGAAGAAGGCCAACAGCUAUGCUCGUGCGGCCAAGAGGACCACCUGGAGACCCCCCGAGAGACGGACCCGGAGAGCCUUCAUGUUGGGAGGCUUCAGCCCCCGCCAGAACCGGCUCCGGGCCUUGCCACCCAUGCCGGACGUGGCCCAAGCCUUGGCUGCUUUUCCCAAACAGACGGAGAGAAGCGGCACCUCCAACAUUGACCUGAAACAGCUCUGGGCUGGCAUGUCCUCUGUCAAUCAAAAGAGCAUGGUCGACCUGCGCCCUUUCAUUCUCAACCCCAGCGGCUUCCGUCCUUCCACCUUGGGCGGCGGCUCCGUCGUCGGCCGGAUGAGAUGCGCCAAUCCUCCAAGGUUCCCUCCCGGUGGUCUGUCUUCUCCACCUGCAAGUUCCUCCAGCAGCACCGGGGCCUUCAACACCCCCAUGCGGGCCAGAUUCAAAGGCAACAAAGAGGAUGAGAACGACAACGACGGCAAGGGGCCCGACAAGAACCCACCUGGGGCCUAACUUCCUUCCCAUGUGCAGGAAGAAGCAACGCGCAUUAAAGUGCAAUGCAUGCUCUAA